CCGCCCCUCCCGGCUGAUGCAAUCUGCUUCGUGGCCGGAAGCUGCUGCCAUGUGUCGGCCGAGCCUAAGAGCCGGCUCCCGGGAGCGGAUUCCACUGGAGCCGGGACCCUUAGAGCAGGAGGCGGCGGCGGGAUCGGCCUGAGUCUGUAUUGUGAGGACUCGGCUCCAGCCCACACCUCGUCCACGCUGUGCUCUGAUGGAAAAGAGCAAAACGGAUUCACCGGGUGUAGACGUGAAUGAGUCCAGCACGGAACUUGUGCUGGAUGAACCCUCCAGACCUGCAUGGGGAAGCAAGCUGCAGUAUAUUCUCGCCCAGGUGGGAUUCUCCGUGGGGCUUGGCAAUGUCUGGAGAUUCCCGUAUCUCUGCCACCAGAAUGGGGGUGGAGCUUUCCUGUUUCUUUACUUAAUUCUGCUGGUGGUGAUGGGAAUCCCGCUAUUCUUCCUGGAGAUGGCAGCUGGACAAAGUAUCCGACAGGGCAGCAUCGGAGUUUGGAAACACAUCAACCCGCGGCUAUCUGGAAUAGGAUUCGCCAGCUGUGUGGUCUGUUCCCUUGUCUCGCUCUAUUACAAUGUCAUCAUCGCCUGGAGUCUCUUUUACUUUGGUCACUCAUUCCAGUAUCCACUGCCCUGGCAGUCCUGUCCCUCUCUCCCCAACCAGACAGCAGCAGUCACCGAGUGCCUAGAGAGUUCCGCCACCACCUACUUUUGGUACCGUGAAGCCUUGAACAUCACUGACUCCAUCGAUGAGAAUGGAGGUCUGGAUCUCACCAUGACUGGAUGCCUGCUCGCUGCCUGGGUUAUUGUUUGUCUCGCCAUGAUCAAAGGAAUCAAAUCCUCAGGGAAGGUUAUGUACUUCAGCUCCAUCUUCCCCUACGUGGUCCUUUUCUGCUUCCUCAUUCGAGGCCUCCUUCUGGAAGGUUCUUUGGAUGGAAUUCGCUACAUGUUCACUCCGAAGCUUGAGAUUUUGGUUGACACACAAGUAUGGCGACAGGCUGCCACCCAGGUGUUCUUUGCCCUGGGCCUGGGCUUUGGGAGUGUCAUUGCUUAUUCCAGCUACAAUACCCGCACCAAUAACUGCCAUUUUGAUGCUUACCUCGUCUCCGUCAUCAACUUCCUGACGUCUGUGUUUGCCACAUUGGUUGUGUUUGCAGUGCUGGGAUUCCGAGCUAACGUACUCACCCAGAAAUGUGUGCAAAGGAACAGCCUCAAAGUGAUUGACUUGAUUGAUAAUGGAGUUUUAAACACAAGUUUAAUUCCAGAAUCUCUCAACUUUUCAACUGUGUCGAACAAGCAAUACAGAGAAUGGUUUGACUCCAGGAGAUCAGACUUAAUCCCUUAUCACGUCCAGCAAUGCAAACUCGAACAAGAAAUGCAAAAGGGUGUUGAAGGUACAGGCCUUGCCUUCAUUGCUUUCACAGAAGCCAUCACACACUUCCCUGCCUCGCCAUUUUGGUCUAUCCUGUUUUUUCUGAUGCUGCUGAACUUGGGGUUGAGCACAAUGUUUGGGAACAUGCAGGGGAUUCUCACUCCCCUCCUUGACAACUUCCCCUGUCUGUCCAGAAGGAAGUCCAUUUUCACAGUGGUCUGCUGCAUCCUGGCAUUUGUUAUUGGAAUGAUUUUUACACAACGGUCUGGUAACUACUUUGUCACCAUGUUUGAUGAUUACUCUGCAACACUGCCUCUGAUCUUGGUGGUUCUGUUUGAAUUGAUUGCUGUGGCUUGGAUCUAUGGAACUGACAGGUUUAUGGAUGAUAUCCAGGCUAUGAUUGGUCAUCGUCCUGUUGUUCUGUACAAGUAUCUGUGGAAGUUUCUCUGUCCCAGCAUGAUGGUGGCUCUACUUCUAGCCAGUUUGAUCCGCAUGUGCAUCAAGCAUCCACAAUAUCGAGCAUGGAACCAAGAGAAGGCAGAGGAGGUGCUGCUGGAGUAUCCUGAUUGGGCAUUGGCCCUGAUGAUCCUCCUAAUCAUCGUUGCUUGUCUGCCCAUUCCUCUGAUGUACAUCCAGCAGAUGGUGCAGGACAGGCUGGAGAGGCACCCGGCAUAUUCGGCGUGUGUCUACAUCAGGGGUAAUGGAAGUGAUGAACCCACUGUCCCCAUGAAUGAGAAUGAGGAAGAGGCACCUGGGAGAAAUGGCUACCUGAAAGUUGAUACAGACGACGAAGGGCUCGAAAGGGCAGAACUGCUGGCAGAAGAGGAGGAUGCCUUUGAAAUGGAUGACAUGUCACAGGACAAAAAAGAUGAAUUAAGUGCCAAGGUUUAGUAACUCCUGUGGAGUUUGUUUGUCCAUUUUAGACUCUGCCCUCGGGCCUUCAACGUUCUAAAAGAUAUGCUGCAAAACAAUUUUAACAAGAAACUCAGUAGAGAGUGGUCACUCUCUGUCAAUGGGGUGCUCGUCUGUCUCACUGGACCCUCGUCUUUCUCACGGUACCCUCACUGAACAUUCAGCUGUUUAACAGGCUCUGGUUUUACUAAAAGUUUGAAAACUGCAAAACCCCAACUGGAAUGAAUUUGUAUUUUUCAAAAUAAUCCAAUGAUGCAAAAAAAUCCCAGCACAAUGUGAACAAUGUCACAAACUAUCAGAAAGGAACAAAUACCAAGAAAUAAUGUUAACAAUCAGUUGGGAGUUAUAUUUGCGG